AAUCCAACUGUUGCAAAUUAGAGAACCCAAAUCAUCUCUCCGUUCUCGGCUCUCCUCCCACAGAUCUCCCACAUCCUCCUCGCCUCCCAUCUCUCUGUUGCCGCUCGCACCACUCCGCCAGUGCCCCCAACAACAACCACCACCACCACCGCAGCAACCACACACCUCGACGCCUGGCUGAAGCUGAACGGCUCGUGCCCGGUUUCGCCGCUGCCAACCCCGCUGUCCACGCCGCUCUCGGAGGUCGUUUCACUCUCGCAGUACGCCGCGGAUCGGAGGCGGAAGAGUAGGUAAAGUAUAUUAACUGUGGAAAAAUGCCUUCGCAAAAGAUUGAAACUGGUCACCAAGAUGUGAUCCACGAUGUGGCAAUGGAUUACUAUGGUAAGCGUCUUGCCACGGCCUCGUCAGACCAUUCCAUUAAGAUAGUUGGGGUGAGCAAUACAACCUCUCAGCCUCUUGCGACAUUAACUGGCCACCAAGGACCUGUUUGGCAGGUAGUCUGGGCUCACCCGAAAUUUGGGUCUUUGCUCGCUUCAUGUUCUUAUGACGGGCACGUGGUAAUAUGGAAGGAGGGUAAUCCAAAUGAGUGGACCCAAGCUCACGUCUUUGAUGACCACAAGUCCUCUGUCAAUUCUAUUGCUUGGGCUCCUCAUGAACUGGGUCUUUGUUUAGCAUGUGGUUCCUCUGAUGGGAAUAUCUCAGUUUUCACUGCAAGACCGGAUGGUGGUUGGGACACCUCGAGGAUUGACCAAGCUCAUCCAGUUGGUGUCACUUCUGUUUCAUGGGCUCCCUCAACUGCGCCUGGUGCUCUUGUUGGUUCUGGCUUGCUUGAUCCUGUUCAGAAGCUCUGCUCAGGUGGUUGUGAUAAUACUGUGAAGGUGUGGAAGCUCUAUAAUGGGAGUUGGAAGAUGGAUUGCUUUCCAGCUCUUCAGAUGCAUACAGAUUGGGUUCGUGAUGUUGCUUGGGCACCCAACUUGGGACUUCCAAAAUCUACAAUUGCAAGUGCCUCACAGGAUGGCAAAGUCAUCAUAUGGACUGUGGUCAAGGAGGGGGAUCAAUGGGAAGGCAAGGUUUUGAAUGAUUUUAAGACUCCUGUCUGGAGGGUCUCCUGGUCACUGACGGGAAACAUAUUGGCUGUGGCUGACGGAAACCACAAUGUGACAUUGUGGAAGGAAGCAGUCGACGGGGAGUGGCAACAGGUUUCCACAGUUGAGCCUUAGCAUCCAUAUUACUUUUGCCCUUGAAGUUCAUUAAAGAAGGAGACGGACUCUUGAAUUUGAUAUUAUUUUUGCAUUUUGACAUGCUUGAAACACUUUUGAAGUUAUAUGAGUUACAUAAGUUCUUAUGUCAUUUUAAACAAAUACUGUAUUCAUUGUUGCUAUUGUAUAUAUUUUUUAGAGCACUAUCACAUGGAAGUUCCAUUGGUUAAACAAAGUGAAAUUUGAUUUGCA